GCGGCGCAUGCGCCGUGGGGCCGAGUGCCAUCGGAGCGUGAAUCUGGGGCCCGGGAGUCCGUCUGCGCACUUUGGCGCCAUGCUGUCCCCCGAGGCGGAGCGCGUGAUGCGCUACCUGGUGGAGGUGGAGGAGCUCGCGGAGGAAGUGUUGGCCGACAAGCGGCAGAUCUUGGACCUGGACACCAAACGAAAUCAGAACCGGGAGGGUCUGCGGGCCCUGCAGAGGGAUCUCAGCCUCUCUGAAGACGUGACCGUUUGCUUCGGGAACAUGUUUAUCAAGAUGCCUCACCCAGAGACAAAGGAAAUGCUUGAGAAAGAUCAAGAUCAUUUGAAUAAAGAAAUUGAGAAAAUCCGGAAACAACUUAAAGUGAAGGUCAACCGCCUCUUUGAGGCCCAAGGCAAACCAGAACUGAAGGGUUUCAACCUGACGCCCCUCAACCAAGACGAGCUAAAAGCGAUCAAGAUCAUCUUGAAAGGAUGACGUUCAAGAACUAAGAUGGGGAACCUCAGACCAUUAUCCCCAUGGAGGUCAUUGGAGACCCUGGACUCAACUUUAAAACCUGCGAGGGGACAGGCGGGAGCUGUGCUGGCAUCUUGGAUGGCUGGACACAAGGCCCGUUGACAAGCCUGUUGGCAGUCAGCAAUCAGUGGGUGGGGGCUGGAAUGACUGCAGCAGGCAUGUCAGACAAUGGCUGGCUGUCCUGUGGGCCCAGCGGGGACAUCAUUCCUGCAUUCUUCUUAAAAGGGAGUUGAUUCAACUAUUCCUGGAUGGCAGUGGAAUCCAGGAUGCUCACAGGAGGUUUCUGAUGGAAGGAAGCAGGUGCUCUGCUAGUCAAGAGCCAUUUGAGUUACAGAUGAGAUCACUGUCACAUGCCCCCCACCUCCAUUGUGGCUCUUUUUUCCUCCCACUUUGAUCCCCCUGGACAGACCCAGCAUGGAGACUGUUUGGCAACACCUGUAUCUGCUCUUUAUAGUCAAGAAAGCCUUGCAGAGACCCAAACUCAGCUGGGCAGAGGCUGAUUGGUCCCUGCUACACCACCCACUUCAUCCACCUUAAGUCAUCUUACGUUCCUGGGGUGAACGUGCCAGGAGGGAAAAAUGGUCUUUUGUGUUCAUUGAGUGCUCAAUAAAUG